CCAAGAGAGGAAGUAGUCAAGUAGUCUGCUGAUAUCACUGACCGAACUGGAGUGUACAUCCUCCCCACACACAAACACACACUCACACACACACACACUUAAUGCUUUAUCACUAUCUUUGUCAUUCACUUUAUUUCGUGCCUUUCUCUCUCUUCGACCUCAACAGAAACUCCCACAGCUACACUGAACAAACACACACUGCACCACUUUACACGCCAACCAUUUACACCUAGCAGAGGCGCCUGGGAUUGCUGUUCUCAGUAUGGAAAACAAAGCCGACGUAAAGGCCAUGAUGGCUCGCUUCCAAGAGAGUGGGGCGAGCACUGACGAGACUUCUUCCACACCGGCUGGACGCAUCAAACAACCCCUGCACCCCACCCUCUCCUCCGGCCCCAACAUACAGACAAGAAAACCAGUAUUGGAGAGCCUCUCAGGCAGUGCGAUAAAUAUUCCUCCAAAACCCACUUUUCUGAAAAAUACAGUAUCAACUAAAAGUGACACAGAGGCACAUGAACCAAACAAAGCUAAAGCCCUGGCUAGCCGGUUUGAAAACACCCAGGAUGACCCCAACGCCAACAAAAAACCUUUCACUGUUAAUAAACCCGUGAAGCCACCUUUGCAGGCUCCUGAAGCUAAAGGCCCUCUACAGAAGGCCCCUCUCAACAAGCCCUUCCUGAGCUCCACCCUGUCUGACCCCAAACCUGCCUUUCCUAAACCCUCUCCAGCAGUCAACUCCAAGCCCAGCUGGGUGAAAGAAGACAGUGGUGGAGGUUUACAACAAAAACGAAGCAGCAGCUUUGUAAAAUUAAAGCAGCAAAAUGAAGAAUCUGGAGGAGCUGGCACGAACACUGCGAACACUGUGAACACUCCGAACUACACUUUUAAGCCACCCCCCAACUUCAAGACUAUAAAGAAUACCUUCAACAAGGAGUCGGAUAGUGCCGUGAAAGCAGACGAAGCCAAGAAACCGCCCAUCACUGCCACUAACUCAGUCAUUCCUCCAAUACCCUUAGCCAGUAAAAAACCUAGCAUCAAAAAACCUCCGAAGCCUUCUCAGAAUAGCAGCAUUGUCAAGGAUGCCAUUUCAGGCCCCAAGCGUAACCCACUCCCCAACAGUUUAGCUUUGGGCCCUGCUCCUGCCAAGCCCAAUCGACCCCCCAAUGUCAACCUGGAGAGCUUUAGAAGAGGUGCUGUGGCCUCUGAUAAUGGUCCUGGCACCUUUAAGAAACCCAUUCUCUCAACUCCUCUGGCCUCUCACCCCAGUAACCACAGCAACCAUGUGACCCCGACUCCCCCUCCACCUGCACUUCCUAGUCUGCCCCCACAACACCCUGGAGCCAUGAUCCAGCAAGAUGAGUUCUAUGAUGAUGUUGAUGAAUUCAAGAGUGCUCCUCCACCUCUACCACCGUCUUCAGGUCACCCAAGUCAGAGGGCAAAGGAGGAAAAUGAUGACGAUGAUGAUGACGGAGAGAUGUAUGAGGAUCUUGAUGAACGAUGGGAAGCGAUUGAACAAAAACAAGAAAAGAAAAAAGAGAAAGACGAGAAGGAGGAGAAAAAACGGCAAGAGGCUGAGAAGAAGGAGCAGAAGGAACGUGAGAAGAAGGAACAAGACGCCAGAAAGAAGUUCAAAUUGGUUGGUCCCCUGGAGGUCGUCCACCAAGGGAAAGCUCGGUUGGAUUGCCGAAGCAGUAAGACUGACCUUGCUCUGAAGCAGGGACAAAGCCUGGAUAUCAUCCGUGUCCAGGGCAACCCAGAGGGAAAAUGGUUGGGACGGACGCAGGACGGAUCCAUUGGUUAUGUGAAGACCACGUCAGUGGAAAUUGACUUUAACACUCUGAAAAGUCAUGCUCAGCAGGCGCACGAACCUGAGGUAUACGAUGACAUCGAUGUGGCGUCUCCUGAUAACAGUGGGAUGAAAAGACCAGGAGUUGUUCUACCCCCGCUACCAGGAGACGAAGGAGAAAUAUAUGAUGAUGUUGUUGAUCCAAACCUGGACGUCAGUCCAGACUCCAGGUCUUGUCCUACGAAGCCUCGUGGCUUCCUUUGGAUGUUUGACCGGAACAGACGUCUUGCCAGCACUAAAGAAGUGCCUCCACCCAGCCAGUUUACUGCAGAGGGGAAUUCAGAUCAGCCAGGGGCAGCGAUUGAUGAUGAGAUAUACGACGAUAUUGACUCUCAAAAUGUGCCUCCCCUUCCUCCCAUCAGCAGCCUUCCACCCCUGAAAGGCAAAAGCAAGACUGAAGAGAUGGACCCAAAGAAGCAGAAAAAGUUCGAGAAAGAGGAGAAGGACUUCAGGAAAAAGUUUAAAUAUGAGGGUGGGAUAAAGGUGCUGUACCAGGUGACCAUCGCCCCGACCCUUACUAACAAGAAGUGGGGUGUGAAGGAGCUCCCAAUCAAAGCAGGAGAGACACUGGACGUCAUUGUUAAAGCCGUGGAUAACAAACUCAUCUGUCGGAACGAGGAGGGCAAGUUUGGUUAUGUUUCAACCGGCCACAUUGUAACGGACGAUGGCGAUAUCUACGAUGAUAUUGGAGAUGAUUGCGUCUAUGACAACGAUUAGAAACACCCUGCACUAGGUGUAUUGUUUUACACUGAUAUUGUUCAUGUUAUUUAUUAUGUGUAUUGAUAAUAUACAUCUGGAGCUGCUUUUGGUUAGCCUGAUAAUCAGACCAAAUUAUCAUCUUUCCCUUCAUUAUUUAUCAAUCAACAUUUGAAUCUGGAAUCAGGCUAGCUUUAAUUACUUUGAACAAUGUGAUCCUUUCAAAAUUGUAUUUCUUUCAAACAACAACAAUUUGAUGGGGUUAUGUUACUUGCAGCAUUUUAACAAAGUGGGAAACAUUUGUUAGAACAACAGUAUUUGCAAAUCUCCACAGCACUGUAUUUACAUGUUUGCUUCUACUGUGUUUUGCAUUUCAUAGGAAUAGCUAUGUGUUGUUCAUUACUUGCUAUUUUGACUUUUAAUUAAUGUCCAUGAUAUGAUACUGUAUGUACAUUGCAUUGCUAUCUGUAAACUAACUCUGAUGUCUUUGCCCCAAGUUUCAACAUGUAAACGAAACAACUGUUUCAGUGCCAAACUUCCUCAAUAAUACUGUAUAAUUAUGAAAUGCAAUUUUAGAGAAAGAAAA